CACCUCCAUUUCCCCACCCUUCCCUCUCUCUCUCUCCUCGCCGCCUCAAACUGAUCGAGGCUGACCUCCUCCGAUCCAGCGAUUCCUCCGCUCAUCCUCGCGCGCGCCGCCGCCGCCGCCGCCGCCAGCUGCAAGCCGCCUUGCCCCACGGAUUCCCUCUCCCCGCGCGAGCUGACUCUUCGUCGGGCUUCUCGCCAUUGGCGUACGUACUCUUGCUGCCGCACGCGCCACGCGGUGCUGCGCGUUCUACUCUGGUCUCCGGUGGCCUCUUGGCCGGAAGCUGCCGCGGCGGCGAUGCGAGCUGCUUGGUGCUGACCCAGGAGAUCCCUCGUUCCUGCUAGUUAUCGGCGCGCCCUCGUGUCUGCCCGAGCUGUUCUUGCUCCGCGCAGGCCGCAGGGGGGGCGCCGCGCCGACGCCCGCAACCUGUUCGACGGAAUGUCUCCGCGGAAGAAGGCCAAGGAAUCGCCCGGCUCGACCGGCGGCGACCGGAUAGGGGACCUCCCGGACGAGGUGCUCCACCACGUGCUCUCCUUCCUACCGGCGCAGGAGGCCGUCCGGACGUGCCUGCUAGCCCGGCGAUGGCGCCACCUCUGGAAGUCCGCCACGGGGGUGCGCAUUGGCGAGGGCGAGACUGAUCCGGGAAGCGUGAAGGACCACCAGGAGUUUCUUGACCAUCUGUUGGUACUCCGUGAUAGUGUGCCUAUGGAAACCUGCGUGCUAAGGUUUAGUGAGCACAGCAAAGAGCUCAUCGAGGACGCAGCCCGGCUGAAUUUUUGGUUCAAGCAUGCUCUGCUUCGCAAAGUUCGGUUCCUCCAGCUUGAAAACUGGGAGUUUUAUGACCCGGUUCCGAUAGAUGAGCUGCCUCUUGUCUCCCGGCACUUGACAAGGCUACAGCUUUACGGUAUAAGUCUAAAUGAUAGCUUCCUUAACUUCUCGAGCUGUCCAGCGUUGGAGCAUCUAUUGUUUGAGUUUUGUUUCUUCGAGUGUGCCAAGAUCUCAUCUAACUCGGUGAAACGUCUGAGCAUCACUUGCUGUAGUUUCAAUGCGACCUUGCGAGUACGUGUAGAUGUCCCAAGUCUUGUUUCUCUGCGGCUUGAUGAGUUUGACAACCGGGCUCCAGUGCUUGAGAGGAUGCCAUCAUUAGUUGACGCAUUUGUGAGAAUCUUCUUCUAUACUAAAGACUUUUGUAGUGAAUCUAACUCUGGGGAUUGUAGUCAUGAGGGCUGUGAAUCUUGUUAUGGUAUCAAGGACAACAAAUGUGUGCUUCUGGAAGGUUUAUCGAACGCUAAGACGUUGGUUCUGAUAAAUAAACAAAAAUCAUUUAUUUUCAGAAGGGAUUUGAAAUGGUGCCCAACAUUUACGAAGUUAAAGACUUUGUUACUCAAUGAAUAUUGGUGUGUGCCUGAUGAUUAUAGUGCACUAGCUUGCAUUCUUGAACAUUCACCGGUUCUGGAGAAUCUCAUUCUUCAGAUAUAUUCUGAGGGACCUGAACAUAUAAUGAAAAUCAACGGAAACUGCUCUUCAGUGGAUAGAUCAGCUGCAAUAUCAGCACACCUUGAGAUAGUUGAAAUCAGAUGUGAAAUGAUUGAUAACUUUGUAGACGAAGUUUUGAAGUAUCUGUCUACAUUUAACAUACUUUUCAAUUUUGAGGAAAUCGGGAUUUUUGAUGAUGACGAAGACGAAGACGAAGAUAGAGAUGGAGAUGAUGAUGAAGACUCUUACGAAGACGAUGAUGAUAAAGAUGAAGAUGAAGACUCUUACGAAGACGAUGAUGAUGAAGAUGAAGACGAAGACUCUUACGAAGAGGGAAAUGAGGAUGACAAUGAAGAUGCUUGAUGCACCACCAUUUUGAUUAUUCAGAAGGUUGAGACCUAAAGGAUGGUAACAUUGGUGUUUUUCUCCCUCUAAGUAGCUUGAAGGGGCAGACUUUUGGAUUUGUAGUAGGGCUGUGUUUAGUUCCACGCUAAAAUUGGAAGUUUGACUAAAAUUGGAAGUUUGAAGAAAAAAGUUAGAAGUUUAUUUGUGUAGGAAAGUUUUCAUGUGAUGGAAAAGUUGGAAGUUUGAAGAAAAAGUUGGGAACUAAACCAGUCCCUAGGUUACUUAGGUCAUCUACCCAGAAGCGGUUUGACGUUUUAUUAUGCAUUUCUAGUAGUCUUUGCUCAGUUGACCGUGUAGUCUUCUGCACUGAUCAACAUAUUCAUGAGCUCACCUAGAAAUUUGUAAUCACCAGAGGCUGAGGGACCGAACAAAUUUACUCUUGAAUAGUCCUCUCUAAUCCUAAAAUUCGUAAUCACCAGUUAAUUACGGGCUU